AUGGCAUCUAAAUCCCGGCUUCGAUCAGACUCCCAUCGUGGCCCAAUUAGUCGCACGAGCUCCACAUACGUUCGGAAACGAGCCACCAAAGCAUGCCAGGUCUGUCGCGCACGGCGGACAAAAUGUGAUCAACAAAGACCUGCUUGCUCAUUCUGCGUCAAAGCCGGCGUGGAGUGUGUUUUCGAUCUCGAUGAAAAGGCAACUUUUGAUCAAGCAAGUCUUGCAAUCAUAGAUCGACUCGACCGAUUGGAGCGCAAGAUAGAUGCACAGUCACAGUCUGUCAUGCCAGAUAUUCCUGGCCAGACAUUACCCCGAAACCAGGUUAAUCAAAAUCUUUCCUUUUUUCCUUGUACGGUAGACAGGGUCUUGCAAUGGGAUCUCUUCCGCGACGCUUCCUCCCCGACUCUCACAGCCAGCACACAGCAAUCCCUUGCAUCACAGCCACAAGGCGGCAAUGAUAAUACAGAGACUUCGUGGGUCGGCGACAUACUCGACCGGACGUUAUGCGACCGAUGGCUCGACAACUUUUUUGCCCAUAUACACGUCAAGAAUCCGAUUCUGGAUGAGACGGACACAAGAAGACUAGUCUCGAGAUUGUGCGCAAGGGGACUUGACUGGGACGUAGAGUCGGGCCUGGCUCUUCUGGUGUGCGCCAACGGAGCCAUUGCUCGUCCCUUGCAAGAAACCCUUCCUUUUUCGCAUUCAGACCGACGCAUGGCGAUUUCCUUGCUAAGCACAGCGCAGAGAAGACUCAGUGGGGGAUUGGGCCCCACGGGCCUGAUACAGGCUCAGUGUGCCUUUCUAUCAGGAGUUCUCCUCAUGUCACUGAUGCGUCCCGUCGAGGCUUGGACGACCUUUGUCCAUGGUUUGGCUAUUUGCCAGACAUUUGCUUGCACCCAACAACGUGAUCACGAUGUGGGACAGAUGGGUUCUCGGGAGGCCUCGGAGCAGAGUGUCCUGUGGGCAUGCUGGAAGUCUGAGCAGGAGCUCAGAUUGGAACUGGGAAUGUCCAACUUUACUUGUCUAGCUGAUGACCCGCCUGAACUAUUUCCCAAUCCCCCUGAAGGUUGUGAAGGUCAUGUAGAGCAAGCGUGGUACUUUUACCUCUCUGAGAUAGCGCUCUGGAGGCUCGAGGUGAACGCUCGUCGUUUGAUGACGCAGAUCCAGCAUGAGGACUGGCCGUCGGUCUCGAAAGCCAUAAGUGAAAUUGGCCAAGAUGCAUCAGAUCAACUUGAGACAUGGAAGACAACACUACCGCCACUCGUCAGCAUCCAUCAAGGGGCCGAGGACGAUGUUAUCCGAUUUGUACUGCGUGGUCGCAUAACAUACAUCCAUGAGCUCGUUUCUUGGCCUUUUAUACAUGUGGCUCUGAAUCGGAUCGCUGAAUGUGAUCUUGCUGAACACGAAACCGCGGCUGCUCUUUCUUUCCACUAUGAUAGGCUUCUUGUCAACGAACCAGGUUACUAUCAUCGUCACCACGGGACUUGGCUCAUGCUACGAACCUCGGCAAGAAGCGCGUGCAUCUUGCUCGGGUUUGCCCGCAUGUACCCUGGUUCAAGCCUCUUACCUUCGGGUUGGAAGAAUACAGUCUUGGGAACACUAAAGAUGGUUGAGUACUGGAGCAAUGAAGCUGAGGGAAUGCUCUCGGUGUUACAAAGUAUGACAUGGUUAUUUCAAACUAUACAAUAA